AUGGCUCCCUUCGCUACCAUCUACGCCUACCCGGACAACCCCCGCGUGAAGCGGGCCCAGGUCAUCGCCGCCCUGAACGGGCUGGAGCUCCACGUUCCCGGCCCGGACGAGUGGCAGUUCGGCGUGGCCAACCAGGCGCCCGAGUGGAAGGCCAAGUUCCCGCUCGGCAAGGUGCCCGCCAUGGAGACGGCCGACGGGCUGCGCGUGACCGAGGGCGGCGCCAUCUGUGCCCACAUCGCCGGCUCGGGCCCGCUGGCCGACCAGCUGCUCGGCAAGACGGUGGCCGAGCGCUCGCUGGUCUGGCGCUGGUCGCUCUUCGCCGACUCGGAGCUCGUCGGCAGCGUCAUCCCCGUCCUGAUCGGCUACGUCUUCAAGCUUGCUCCCGCCAACCCCGCCGCCCACGACGCGGCGGCGGCCGGCCUCCAGCGCGCCCUCGUCGCCCUCGACGCCGAGUUCAAGGACGGCAAGGCCUUCCUGGUCGGCGACAAGCUCUCCAUGGCCGACGUCAUGGUAGGCGGUGCCCUCUUCUUCGCCGCCGGCUUCAUGCUCGACGAGGAAAUGGCCAAGGCCGCCCCCAACGUCGUCAAGUACAUGGCCGGACUGAGCACCAUCCCCGAGAUCAAGAACGUUUUUGGGGAGUGGAAGCCCACGGCUGUCAGGAUCCCGAAGGAGUAA